AUUUGCGGAGUUAACUAAUUGUCAAAUAUCGGUUUAGUGAUUUCAGGCUGUUGUAGGUGAUGCAGGUUUUCUGAAAUCAAACCAGUCGUUAAAGUAAGGAAUAAUAGACUCUAUUUAAUGGUGGUAAUAAAAGUGGUGAUGCAGCUCGGGUGUUGACAGGCUUGUGCUGCAGUUCUAUGGAUGUUUUGCCCUCCAGGUCUUCGAGCCGGUCACGUGACUGAAAGCUAUGAAUUCGAGUCUGUGUGGCAUCAUGAAGGUUCCAGUAUUUCCAGUUCCCAUCAGCCUUUGUCAACAGAUCACAGGGCUUUUAAACAUGUGUGCCUCUGAAGUUCUGCAUGUCUAAGAAGAGUUGAGACGCGUGAUGCUGUGCUUUCUGCUGACGCUCCACUGGAUGACGGUCACUGUAGCGCUGCAGUCAUCCAAGGAAGAUGGCAAAAGUCCGUAUAUUUACCGCUGCCGCUCGCCCAACAUGGAGAUCUUCACCUGCUGGUGGCGUCCGAUCACUAAUCAGGACAACGUCACCUACACGUUCCUGUACACCACGGGUGAGCGCGCUCCUUGGGAGUGUCCCGAUUACGUGAGCGGCGGCAUCAACAGCUGCUUCUUCGAUGCCAAACACACUCAGGUCUGGGAGAUGUACUGCAUGAACGUGACGGCACACACGCGCACGGGGCCCAUCACCUCUCAGAAACAAUGCCUGGACGUGGUCGAUAUAGUGGAGACCGACCCACCCUGUAACCUGACGUACAUCAUGCUGAACGAGAGCAUCGGUGAAGUCGGCCGCAGUGUUUUAGUGUCCUGGUUGCAUCCGGUUGAGUCUCUAGUGCAUGAGGACUUGAUCGUGCUCGUCUACGAGCUGCGCUACAGAAACCUCGCUCAGACAGACAGCUGGAGGGUAAUGGAGCGUUUGCGUGAGCCUCGUGUGGAGUUUUUGGAUCUGCCGGUGGGAACGUAUGAGUUCAGUGUGCGCUGCCGCUCCACCAGCAACAAACACUGGAGUGCAUGGAGCGAGUCCAUCAUCGUCACCAUCAACGGCAGAGCUCUGUCCGAUCGGAUGUUGGCCUUGAUCCUUGUGACCAGCAUCGCCAUCAUGAUCUUCCUCUUCAUCAGUUUGGGGAACAUCCCACGAGGCAAGAGCAGGAUUAAAUCGCUCCUCCUGCCAGAGAUUCCCAAACCGCGCAUCCCAGGGCUUGAACCCGCUCUGCUGAAGAAGGGGAAGAUUGACAAGAUCAAUCAGCAUUUCUCCAGUUUUCACGGCUAUAAGUCGCCGCAGUACUGCACGGAUACGUGGUACCAGGUGAGCGUGGACACGAGUCCGGCUGUGACGCCUGACGGUAUACAGGAGGAUGCACCGAUCGGGCCAAUCACGCAGUACGUCAUCUGCCCCGACGGACAACAGUCUGUUCAGAUCAGCUGCACUCCUGCGCCUUACUGUCGUGGCCCCGCCCCCUACUGUGAGGAAGACACACCCCCUCCACACCCUGGCCCCGCCCACCCGGAGCUCGCCUCUGUCCCAGGCAUGGACUACAGCAUGAUUCUAAGCCCCGGCCCUGCGGCACUGCCCACUCAGGACUUCUACACGUGUGUGAACAGCGUGACGCCCGCCAGCGCGCAGCAUCUGGUGCCCUACCUGCAGCUCAACGAGGGAGCGGAUGACGAAGCAGACAAGAGCAGCCAGCUGGCAGCACUGCUGGAGAAGCAGAUGGAGGCGCUGUUGAGCACGAUCGAGUCGGACCCGAGCGAAGCUGGCAUGCCUUCACUACCUCAUUCAUCAGACAGGAGCUGCAGAGGCAUCUAAUAACACACACACACAGAAUAACACAGUCCAUGAGUCACGCAGUCUGUGCUGGUUUGUCUUGAUGGGAAACGUGCCUGGAGUUUCAGUUCAAGCUGAGCGCAUUCGCAUGCAGAACGCCUGAUUCACAGCGCAAGUGUCAGCAGCGCAUCAUUUUUCACUGCGCAUGUUAAGAAACGAGGUUGUUCACAUGGAAGCGUGAGCAUUGCAUUAGCAGCAGUGGUGUUUUAAUGCCAAGUCUAGUUUCGCAGAGCUGCUCCUGCUCAAUUUAAGUGACAACACACUAAUAUGGACUAAAUUAACAUAUUUGAAUCGAAUUCAUUGAAUUUAGUUUGCAAAUAUAUGUAGAUUUGAUAUGAAUUAUAGAAAGUCAUGUAAAUGAUUUAGCUACCAGUCGGGUGAAUUUUUCCUCCUCAUCUAAAUAAGAUUUUUCAAAGACAAUUAAUGACCAUUUUAGGUCAUACUUAAAUGAUACAGUCACCGUAGUUACCUAUAAAUCUCUGCAUAGAUGAAAAGACGCUUUCAGUGUGAAUUCAAGCAUGAGCGAAAUACAGUAAAUUCAAAAGUGUGAACCAGGUGAGAGUCACAGUAAUAUAGAGAUCGCAGAUGAUCUGCAGGCCAGUGUGGGUGUUUAUGGUGAAGUCUGUCAGUCAGGACAGUCAUGGUGUUUAAUAAAUGAUGUGAGGCAAUGUGACAGACUGUGUAGCAUGUUUUUGUGCAUUAGAUUAUUUUCAUGUGCUUUCUGUGUUUGUUUCUCAUAUAAAUGUUGCCAUCUGUGGGUAACCAUAUUCCCAUGUGGUCAAAUAAAGAGAAACUAAAAAUUUGGAGGUUUUGUGGUUUACACACACACACACACACACACACACACAUACAUGAACGAAUGAGGCCCAGUGUGUGUGCAUGUGUACUUGUUUUGACCAAAUGUCCUCACUUCUAUUGUGAAAUACAUUGUCAACCCACUAGUGAAACAUCUGACUGAUCCUCACUAGUUAAAAAGGCUCAUAAAUCAGCCAAAAGAUGUUGUUGAUGUGAAUCCAGUGUUCUGCACAUGUUUGUGCGAUGGGUAGGUUUAGGGGUUGGGUUAGCUUACAGAAAAUAUAAUUAACCUGGUAGAAAAUCAGUGGACGUCUAUGCAAUGUCACAAUGAUUGAUGUUGUUUAUGAGGACACAAAUCUGUAUGAUGACAUGGGUAUGACACAGGUGUUACAAUG